UUAGCAGGCGUUUUUGGAUGAUGACGAAAUAGAAUUGGAUCGGAUGCGGCCUUUAUAAUUUCAGCAGCUGCGUCCCGCUAAUCAGUGGAACUGUCUCAGAUGGUGGAAGGUACUAUAAAUAUUCAUAAGGCGCUAAAAAGUAGACGACAUUCAAACAUUUGCAUAAAAUAGCUGUGGAAUUUCCUGACAAUCUGUAUCUGAGUGUAUUUAUUGUGACUCUCGGUAGGAUGGAAUACAGUUGAAAUCAAGAUUUAUCCAAAUAAAUCGGGAGAAAUUUAAAAAAAAAAACCCAAUUUUUAAAGAAAAAGCUUUUACUUUUUAAAAAAAUUGGAAGAAACGGGGGAAUCUACAGAAGCAAAGCUGGGGAACUGUAUCGAAGCGUAUAAAAUUGCCAUGCGCAAUUCGUCCAUUUGUGGACCGGAUCUCGAUAAUCCGGAAGAAAAAAGAGACAUGAGUAAAAUGGAGCAGUUCCGGCAAAAACGAAGAUGUAAAAGCAUCCGGGCACCUACGGAGGCGGAAAUCGCUAAUCUAGAGGAGAACCUGAAGCAGCUGGACGGAAUUUUUAGUCCUUCCGGUAUAGGGAAGACCACUUCCGUUGUGUUUACGCUUCAGAAUAGAGUAGGGAAUCUGGCAAACGCUCUUAAAAUAUUCCAAGAUAACCACAUCAACGUGGUACAUAUAGAGUCCCGAAAAUCCCAGAAGAACGAAUCAGAAGCGGAAAUUUACGUAGAGCUGGAGACGGACAACAUCCGGUUACAGGAGCUUAUCAAACGUCUGAAGAAGCAGGUGGCCGGAAUUUCCUAUAACGACAUUCCUGUACCGCCAUCUCCCGCCACCGCUGCUAGGGUGCCCGCCACAGCUGAAGCAUUAGCCAGUGCGCCAUGGUUUCCAAGGAAGAUGUCAGACUUGGACAAAGCAGCCAAUCGUGUGCUAAUGUACGGCUCAGAGUUAGACGCCGAUCAUCCGGGAUUCAAAGACAAGAUUUAUCGUCAAAGAAGAAAGAUUUUCGCUGACAUUGCAAUGGCUUAUAAACACGGACUGCCCAUCCCACGAGUGGACUACACUCAAGAGGAAAUUGACACGUGGGGUGUCGUGUUUCGAGAGUUGAACAAAUUGUACCCCUCCCAUGCAUGCCGGGAGUACCUGAGGAACCUCCCCCUUCUGAUUGACCACUGCGGGUACAGAGAUGAUAAUGUACCUCAGCUACAGGAUGUGUCCGACUUCCUUAAAGAGAGAACCGGUUUCCAACUUCGUCCAGUGGCAGGAUACCUCUCAUCACGUGACUUUUUGGCGGGAUUAGCUUUCCGCGUGUUCCACUGCACACAAUACAUUCGCCAUAGCUCGGAUCCUUUCUACACUCCCGAGCCUGACUGCUGCCAUGAGUUGUUGGGACAUAUGCCACUGUUGGCGGAUCCAAGUUUUGCACAGUUUUCACAGGAACUUGGAUUGGCAUCCCUUGGUGCUUCUGACGAGGAAGUCCAGAAAUUGGCAACGUGCUAUUUCUUUACCGUCGAAUUCGGCCUUUGUAAACAGGACGGGCACCUUCGGGCUUAUGGCGCUGGUCUGUUGUCAUCUAUAGGAGAACUUAGCCAUGCAUUGACAGAGAAAGCCCGGAAGAUCCCUUUUGAGCCGAUGCGCACUUGUCACCAGGAGUGUCUCAUUACCACUUUCCAAGAUGUCUACUUCUUCACAGAGUCAUUUGAGGAGGCAAAGGAAAGAAUGAGACAAUUUGCCUGCACCAUUAAAAGACCCUUUGCGGUGCGCUACAAUCCAUACACACAAACUGUUGACGUAUUAAACAACACCCGUUGUAUUGCGUACGCCGUAAGCGAUCUACGUGGUGAUUUGUGUAUCGUCAGUGACGCAUUGCGUCGUCUUCAACAACUCGAGUUUCAGAAAGAAGACGAGGAACGAAUGGAACCCUCUACCCCAAGAUAACACAACUCAACUCUAUUGUAUAGGUCUAAAUACUAUAAAUCUUUGAUAACAGCGCCCAACUCCGUUGUCUAUGUCUAAAUGCUAUAAAUCAUUAUUUUUUGCAGCAACUAGUUAUGAGCAUGACUUAACAAUGUAUAAAGUGUAUUGUUACUAGUAAGAUUUUUUUCUUGCAUAGCAUAAUUAGGAGGUAGUACAGGUAUAUCUAUUUAUGGCAUGAAACCUGGUGAAAAUAUCUGUUGAAAAUUCAUUUUAGUCAAAUUCUAUAAUUCCGUGAAAAUCGUUAAUUGAAUAAAUGAACAAAAGAGAAUUUGCUUGAACUCUUUCAAGCGUGAGACAAACUAUGAACACAUCCUUAUAAAUGUUAUACUAGUGCCUGUAAACUAUCGUAGAUUUUUGCCGCUCCCAGGUUGCAUUUCCUUAAACGUGACAUUGUGGUUUUCGUCUGCGUCCUCGACAGACCAUGAUAACAGGAAAUGGACAUGAAAGGAGUCUAGCUAAACCGAAAUUGUUGGCUAAGUUUUGUGAAAUACUGAAGUAUUGCUAUGUUUUAUUUUCAAAAGAAAUUCCAAUAUGUUUAUGCUAUUAUUGUACAGAGAAUUACACGUAGAAGGUUUUAAACAACAUAAUAUAGAAAAUAUUGAAAUAUAUAAGGAUUUUAAUCAUUACAUGUUACAAAGAGUGUACAAAAUGGAGAUAAAUCCAAAAACAGAUUCUUGAUUCCAAUAUUAAAUUUUGUAAACACUUGAUGUUUAAUUUCCUGAGAGAAAGAAGAAUUCAUCCCAAUAUUAUGUAUUUGUCCUGUACAUUCUUUCUCUUGUCUAUGUUGUAAGUAAAUAUGUUCCAGUACACAAAUUUGUCAUUAAUUUUACAAUUAUUGUUAAAAUGUUACAAUAAUGACACAUUUUAUUAAUUAAGUAUGCUAUUUGCCUGUUGUGUUUUAUUGCUGGACAAUAAAUUAUAGAAAAUGUUAAUUCUUCAAGUAUAUAUUGGUUUAUGAUUACAAAGAACAGUGUUGCUAUGCUUACUUUUAGUGGGCUGGGUAUUGGCUAGAGAUUUCGUAUUGCGAUAUAUUGCGAUAUUUUUAACUGUCUUGAGAUAUGUAUUGCAAUAUCUUCAGCAAAAAAUUA